AUGGUGAAAGUGGAACUGCAUCUGACGGAGCUCAUCACUCCGGGCGCCGUGGCGGCUGAGCUAAAGAGGGAUGCUGAAGAGCGCCGGGAAGCUCGAAAUUCGCUGGGAUCCAGUUUUGCUUUCGAAGCUGAAACCCAAACGGAACUGGAAGAUGCUGUGGGUCCAACAUUCUCAAAGGAACUCUUGGGUUUCCUGCAGCAGCAAUCGCCAAGGAGCAGCGAGACACAGGUUGAGAUGGCGGAGGUGACAGCGACGCCUCCCGGCUACGUCGACUUUGAUGCUGCCGACAUCAAGGAUGGAUCGAAGGAGGCAAGAAAGAAAGCACAUGAAGUGAUUUUGAAGCACUUUGGCAGCUUUCUCAACACUGAGACGGUGGAAUCCUCUGGAGUUCGGAUGCUUCGAGUCUGGAUGCGCGAGGCAGAGAAAAAGGCCAAAGAGCCCACUGCCUCGGAGCAAGGCACCGGCGAUGGUGCCAAGGGCCGGAAAGGGAAGGGAAAAGGCGGCAAAGAUAAGAAAGGCAAAGGCAAGAAGAAGGGAGAAAAGGGCGGAGGCAAAAAGGCCUCAGAAGAAGGAGCCUCUGCUUUCGGUACCAUCCGGCGAGAGGGCUGGCCAAAGGACCGGCCUGAUUAUCUCUACUUCCGACUAUACAAAGAGAACUGCGACACAGGGGAAGCUGUCUCCAGCAUCGCCCGUUGCGUUGGGCGAUCGGUCAAGCAGUUCACCUUCGCUGGAACCAAAGACAAGCGGGCAGCAACGGUGCAGCAGAUUUGCGCACACCGCCUGCCGGCUGACCAACUGCGACGUACGGUGCUGCACAGGCUCUGGGACAAACGCCUGAGAAUUUGCGCCUUGGAAUAUCGCAAGGAUCGUUUGCGUUUGGGUCAGCUGCGUGGGAAUCGAUUUCGAAUCGUUCUCCGCAACGUCCCAGCAGAGAUCUUCCAGGCGGCCGACGCCACAGAAGGUUCCAAAGACAGCUUAGGAGCCUUAGGCCUUGCCUUUCAAGCAGCUGGCAAAGGUUUCCUGAACUACUUCGGACUUCAGCGUUUCGGAACGCGGGAAGUGAAGACCCACCGGGUGGGUGCUGCCAUCAUUGCUGGCCGCUGGGAAGCGGCAGUCCAUCUCAUCCUGGGAUGCAAAGAAGGAAAACGGCCAGCUGGCCCUACGGAGGUCGAAAGGCCUUCCAAACUUCCUCGAUUGGAUGAUGCUAGUGACAAAUCGGAGAAGCCGCAGGAACAAGGACAAGAAGGAAAGGGCUGCAACAAAGGCAAGCAGAAAUUGGUGAGCGAAGCCCAACGAGUAUACCUGGAAACGGGAGAUGCUCAGCGGGCACUGGACAUCAUGCCUAGAAGUCAACACCUGGAACGCUGCAUUCUUGGGGCCAUGGCUCGUGGCUUGCCUUUUGUGUCCUUGUAUGCUCAUGCAGCUCAAAGUCUGGUUUGGAAUGCGGUUCUGUCGAGGAGGAUCCGAACCUUUGGGCGGCAGCCCGUGGAAGGUGAUUUGGUCUUCCAAGCUGAAGGUCAGGAGGCAGAGGCCAUGGAUGAAAUCCUGGACUGCGGUGAAGACGAUGCUUCGGAGGAGGAGAGCUGUUUUGAAGACCUCGCGAUUCAGCAGAAGAUGCCCCCCUUAUUCCUCCAAGGUGCCGAUUGUCGUUUCUGUAGCAACCUGGCGGCAGUGGCAGCAGGCGAUCUGUCGCUAAGUCGUGCAUCUCUUGCACCCAACAAGGAAAGCCUGGGCGAACUGUUUCUGGAGUUCUUCCGCUACUAUGGUUAUGUCUAUGACUGUGGAGCGAUCGCCAUUCGUGACACAUCCAGCUUCACGAUGAAGUUCGAAGGUCAAUCCUUUUUCGUUGUGGACAACCCCUUUGAACCUGGCAAAGAUGUGGCUAACAUCGAGGUGCGUCUGUUCACACGCCUUAGAGAGGAAUUUCGACGUGCACAUGCUGUGCUGUGCGAGGGCAGUGGUUUGGCGGAGCUAUGCCAAGCACCACCUGUGCCAGGCACGGAUCCUUUGGCAGGCAUGAUCAGGCGGGAUGGCAGUGAAGCUCGAGGUCAUAGGCAUGCCUUUUUGAGGUCACCGGAUGGCCUGUGUGGCUUCUCAAGGGGUGAGGCAUGCCGAGUGGCCGAUGGAGGAGUCAAGAAAUUUUGCUUCGAAGUAGGAGCCGGUUGUUUGCUGCUCACGGAGCUUCCAAAUGACCUCAGCCGCCUGCAUGAGGAGCUGAUGAGCAGUGGCCGCGAAUUCUUCGCCCUGCCGGUGAUGGAGAAGGAGAAAGUGGGCUACCAGCAGUCCCCCGAGUUUCGCGGCUACAUGCGACAGGGUGCCGAGAAUACUGCUGGUGCUGUGGAUGAGCGUGAGCAGCUGGAGUUCGGCCGCGAAGAAGCCAGACCUUCGAUUGCUCGAGCCGAGGGUGGCAUGCUGCACAGCCGCUUGCGAGGUCCCAAUCAGUGGCCCGCUGAGCCUCCAUCGUUGAAGCCCUUGAUGUUGCGAUGGUUACAAGAGAUGGAGGAGUUGUCCCGACGACUGACGCAAGCCUUGUCGCUAUCUCUGGGUUUGGAGGCCACAGCUUUGGACCACUACUUCCGGGAACCCCACGUCCAGGCCAAGUUGGUUCAUUAUCCACCGCCGCAAGACAGAGGUGAUGGCAGUCUGGGCGUCGGUGCUCAUUGCGAUUCAGGCUUUCUCACGUUGCUCUGGCAGGACGCGAGCGGCGGCUUGGAAUUCUUGGAUGCGCACGGGCGCUGGAUCCCGGCAACGCCACAAGCGGCAUCCUUGGUCUGUAACCUCGGCGAGGUGGUUCAGCUCCUAUCAGCUGGUGUGUAUCCUGCGACGGUGUGCAUCGAGUUCUACGGCCAAAGCAAGUCCUUUGGACCCUUUGACUGGGAGACAUUGCAAGAUUUGUCGGGAUUGUUUCGAAGAACCAUGGGCAUUUUCAUCGUCUUCGUUCUCUCACGUGCCUUGCAUCCCAUGGUCAUCGACUAUUCCAAGGUGGAUGGAAAGAUGCUUUACUCCAAGAACUCACCCGCGAUCAUGAGCCAGCUGCUGUCCAUGGUAUUCGUGAACUUUCUGGCUUGGAAGGAGGAGGGCAUGAAGGGCGUAAAGGCGUGCUGGGCGAUUCCACAGGGAGCUUCCAUUUUCAUUGUCAUUGGCUUGUGGUAUGCCUUUGGCGACUUCCUGGAAAUGCUGUCCAUGGGAGCCAUGAAAGGUGGCGUUUAUCAGCUCCUCUUGCAGUCCAAGCUGUUGAUUACUGCUGUGAUGAUGAUGCAACUCAAGGGAACCAAACAGAGUGAUCUUCAGUGGAGCGUCUUGGUGGCCGCCACCUUGGCCAUCAGUGCCUUUGUGAUGGUGGACAGUGGCAGCAGCGAUGGCGACAGCGGCAUCCCCUUGGUCGGUGUGGCCAUGGUGCUGUUCAAGGUGGGCGUGUCCUGCUAUGCUGCCGUCUUGUCGGAUGCCAAGUUGAAGGGCUUCAGCAGCAUGUCCAUGUCGGCCAAGCUGUCCCUGAUGUCCCUCUCCCGCGUCAUUGCCUCUGUGGCCAUUGCCGCCGUCAUGGAACCAGAUGUCCAGCCAUCCUACAAGGUCAGCCAGGCCGCGGGCUUCUUCGAUCACUGGACCAUGGCCACCUGGAUCGUGACCUUGUCGUUCACUUCCAAGUCCUUGAUUACGCUUUACCUGUUGAAGUCCUUGGAUGGUAUCCAAAAGAAUGUGGGUGAGGCCCUCGCGGUGAUCGUGAUCUUCUUGGGACAGAUUGCCGCAGGAUCUUCCGUGUUCAACCUUUGUGCCUUCUUGCUGGCCCUCUUGGUGGUGAUUUUGGUUCGCAUCUAUGGCCUGGCUGGCAAGGUGGCGAAACCCAAAGCCGUGGAGGCGGACAAGGGAAAACUGGGCUCCUCAGAUGUGAAACUCGUGGGCAUCAGCAACACCGCCAACUCCCCGUGA